AUGUCAAGUCCAACUCAGUUACAUCUUGCUGCUGUGAAGAGAAUCAUGAGGUACUUGAAAGGCACUUUGGAGUAUGGGAUUUGGUACAAACGAGGAGAAGAAAGCGAACUCAUAGCCUACACUGACAGUGACUACGUCGGAGACAUAGAUGACAGCAAGAGUACAUCAGGUUAUGUAUUUUUGAUGUGUGGAGGAGCUGUAGCGUGGUCCUCAAGAAAGCAGCCGAUUGUAACUCUUUCGAGUACUGAAGCUGAAUAUGUAGCAGCUGCUACUUGUGCGUGUCAGGCUAUAUGGAUGAGGAGGAUAUUAGAGGAAAUCAGUCACGGUCAAGCUGGAGAGAUGGUGUUGUUUUGCGACAACACGUCUACUAUAAAGCUGUCCAAGAAUGCAGUCAUGCAUGGAAGAUCAAAACAUAUCAGGGUUCGUUAUCACUUCUUGAGGGACUUAUCCAAGCAGGGGAUCAUCAAGCUGGUCUAUUUUCCAACCGAGAUGCAACUGGCAUACGUAAUGACAAAACCAUUGAAGUUGGCCUCGUUUCAGAAGAUCAGAGCAGCAUUUGGAAUGGGGAUUCUGAACUGA